AUGGCAACAGUACAAGUUAGUGAGGCUGAAAAAGUGUACAUCUUACACGGUAUACGGGAUGACUUACGGGUGGACGGGAGAGGCUGUGAGGACUACAGACACAUGGAAAUAGAGACUGAUGUGGUGUCCAACACAGACGGCUCAGCCAAAGUCACACUGGGGCACACAGUGGUUCUAGUCGGGAUUAAGACUGAAAUUGGGAAACCAAGGCCCAUGUUGCCAGAUGAAGGCUACUUGGAGUUCUUUGUUGAUUGUUCGGCCAAUGCGACCCCCGAGUUUGAGGGCAGAGGAGGCGAGGAGCUUGGGACGGAGCUGAGCAACACUCUCUACAAAGUGUUUAACAACAAACACAGUGUGGACCUGAAGAGCCUCUGCAUCAGUGCGGGAGAACACUGCUGGGUCCUCUAUGUGGACGUGUUGCUCCUGCAGUGUGACGGAAACCUGUACGACGCCAUCUCAGUAGCUAUAAAGGCAGCUCUCUUCAACACAAAAAUUCCUAGAGUGCACAUAUCAACUGAUGAGGAAGGAGGGAAGGAAAUCGAGCUGUCAGACGACCCGUAUGAUUGUAUGAGACUCAACGUAGAAAACAUGCCUUGUAUAGUGACGUUGUGCAAGGUGGGACACCGGCACGUAGUGGACGCAACUCUGCAGGAGAAGGCCUGCUCUGUGGCCAGCCUCAUCAUCGCUGUCACGCACAAGGGCACCGUCACCUGCGCGAGGAAGGUGGGCGGAGGCAGCCUGGAUCCAGAGAGCAUCUUCGAAAUGACAGAGGCAGGUAAACGGGUCGGGAGGGCUCUUCAUGCUCCGCUCAUGAAGCUGCUGCAGCAGGAGGAGAGUUUGGGAAAGACGCGACAGAAAGUGGGCUUCCUUGGUUAAGAUGUCAACAGAUUGUAUGUACAUGUACACAAAAUUUUCUAAUAAAACCUUUAAUUUGUACAGCC